AUGCCAGCGGACGGGUGCACCGACGUUGGACGAGUGUCCCCGUACCCCCCGCCCCGGAAUCUGGCCCCGCCCCGGACCCGCCCGGAACCGGCAAAGAUGGCUUCCCCCGAAGAAUUAGACAGUCGGAUUCCCUCAGCCGUGCCAGUUCUGAAUUGGCUGUUUAUUGAUGACUGCAGCGGCACGGCGCGGCCGGACCCGGGCGGCGCGAACCACCCGAACCACGAGCGCACACCGCACGACGCGUUGAGGCAAAGCACCCGCGAAGGCACCAGAGCCCGAGUCAUCCCAGCCUUCAGAGCCAAUCCUUAUCCCGAAGUUACGGAUCUAAUUUGCCGACUUCCCUUACCUACAUUGAUCUAUCGACUAGAGACUCUAAACCUUGGAGACCUGCUGCGGAUUCGGUACAAGCUGUUGGGAGUUUGCGUGCCCCAGUCUUCGAUUUUCAAGGUCCAAGAAGAGAAUAUCGACACAGCAAUUUAAUACCAUGCUCUACCAGCUUGUCCGACCAUAUCUCUCUAUGAAAGACUUCCAUGGCCAGUGUGGCUGUAAAACAGAAAAGAAAACUCUUCCGAUAUCUCUUGUUGGCUUCUCGAAGGAAAGGAUUCAUGUUGCCAUGAUUACAAAGGCGCUACCGUGUUACCGGUAUUACCGCCAAUGCAAACGUAUACCCAACAGGCUCCGGAAUUGUAACCGGAUUCCCUUUCGCUCAUUUAAUAUAUACGUGGAUGUUGCAUCAACAACGCCAGCAAGGUGUGUGUGUUGUAUUUGGUUAAAUGCUUAAUAUAUAUCAGGUUUCCCAUAGAGCUUAGGAUUGGCUAACUCGUGUUCAACUGCUGUUGACACGAAACCCUCCUCCACUUCAGUCAUCCAAGAUCUCAUUCGAAUAUUUGCUACUACCACCAAGAUCUGUGCUAGUGGCGGCUCCAUGUCGGCUUACGCCAGGCACU